AUGCUGCUGUUUCAACCGCCAUGGUUUUCCUCCCAUUGGAAGAAAACCAUGGCAUUACUUAUCGGAGUAACACUGAUAAUUCUCACAGUAUCUGACGCGCUUUUAUUUCACGUGUUAGUGCCUGGAAUUCCUCAUCAUCUCAUCAAAAUACAAUAUAUGUCCUAUGUCACCAGCGAUACAUCCAGCAAUAACUUUACAAAUAAUACUUCUUUUUCUGAAGAAGAGAAGAAGAAACAGCUGUAUGAGCCAGCUGAAGCUCACUCAUUUAAAUCGCCCUACAUAUCCACCCCGAAAAUAUACAGCACUAAUUCUUCAAUCAGGAACUCCAAUUUCUCAAGAAAACAUAAAGUCAUAAGCUGCUAUAACUGCCCACAAUGGUUUAUCUUGGAAUCUUUGAAUCUGCACAAUCGAGACUUUAAAGUCUGCCCUUACAGCGAGUGUAUCUUUGAUGGCGGAGACAGAAAGUCAACGGCUGAUGUGCUUCUGUUUUUUGUUGGAGCCUUGGGAAAGAGCACUCUGCCCCGAAGACCAGCUGGACAAAUAUGGGUGAAAUGUUACUGGGAGAGUCCGGCUCAUUACGGCUACCCGACUCCCUACAAGCCAUGGAUGAACGCCUUCAACUGGACAUUCAACUACAGGACGGACUCUGAUAUCUUCGCGCCAAACAAUCGUCUGGCUUGGAGAAACAGCGCCCACCUACUACCUGACUCUGCUUAUCUGGAGAUUUCGCAGAAAAAGACACGAAAUGUGGCUUGGUUUGUCAGUAACUGCCACACGCAGUCACAGCGAGAGGUUUACGUCAAGGAAAUGCAGAAGUACAUCGAUGUGGAUAUAUACGGUAACUGCGGCACGCAUUCCUGUAAACGAGCAGAAGAAGGUGAGUGCGAGAGAGCACUGACCUCAACCUACAAGUUCUACCUCAGCUUUGAAAACUCCCUCUGUAAGGACUACGUCACGGAGAAGCUGUUUAGAAAUAUCGAGUUUCGUUCUCAUAUCAUCCCUGUUGUAAGAGGUGGGUUCGACUACAACAAAUACAUUCCUAGCGGGGCUUUCAUCAACACGGCGAAUUUCUCUUCAGCGAAAGACCUGUCCCUGUAUCUAAAAGAGCUUGGACAAGAUCACGUGAGAUACGCUAGAAUGCUGAAAGAAAAAGACAAAUUGACGACUCUAAAUUAUAAAUUCGACUGGUGUGAUAUUUGUGAAAAAGUCCACACUGACAACAGAACAAAAGUGAUACCGGAUAUCAAAGAGUGGUCACAUAAAGAUGCCUGUUAUGCCCCUGCAGAUAUUGGUAAAUCUUGA